AUGCUGCUGCGCCACGCCGGCGCCGCGUGCCGGCGGCAGUGCUCGCAGCCGCGCGCCGCGAAAUGCUUCGCGACGUCGCCGGAGCCGACCUUCGGCGACCUCGCCCGGCGGCUCGGCGCCGCCGAGGGCGCCGCGGCGCCGCGGCGCGCGCCGGCGCGCCGAAAGCCCCUGGCGCCGGCGGCGGAGCGCCUCGAGGCGCGGCACCGGCGCGGCCUGGGCGUCGUGCUGCUCAAGGCCCAGGCGCGGGUCGAAUAUGCGCUCUCGGCGGCCUUCGACGAGCGGCGGCGCCGCGGCGACCGCGCGCUCGACGCCGUCCACGUCUCCGAGGUGCGCCUCGCGCCGGACUUCCGCCAGGCAAACGUCUACUGGCACCUCGACGCCGCCGAAACGGCCGCGCGCGCGCCGCGGCCGCCGUCGCGCUUCUUCGGCGACCCGCUCCCGGACGACGGCGGCCCGGCCCCGGAGGACGCCGCGGCGCCGCGGCGCCGCGCCGAGGCGGCGCUCGCGCGCGCGGCGCCGGCGCUCCGCAUCGCCCCGAUGGCGCUGCUCGCGGACGACGGAGUCGCGGCCUACGUGCACGCCCUCGCCCUGCCGCGCUUCGAAGGCGCGACCGUCGACGACCUGGCCGCGACGCCCAUCGCCGGCGGCAACCUGAACUACGCCUGGCGCUGCGCGUCGGGCGCCGCGAGCGUCUUCGUCAAACAGGCGCCGGACUACAUCAAGUGCCUCGGCGAGGCCUACGGCCUGACGUCGAAGCGCAUGGGCGCCGAGGUCGCCGCGCUCCGCGAGCUCGGCCGCAUCUCGCCGCGGCACGCGCCGGCGGUGCUCGCGUACGACGCGGACCGCCAGAUCGUCGUCAUGGAGGACCUCGCGGGCUUCGGCCACCUCCGCGACGAGCUCCAGCGCGGCGCCUGCCGCGGCGGCGUCGCCGCGGACCUCGGCGCCUUCCUCGCCAAAGUCCACGACGCGACGAAGGGCGGCGCCGCGGCGACCUACGCGGACGCGUUCGGCGACGACAACAACGGCGCGAUGCGCGGCGUCACGGAGGCCUACGUCUUCGCCAAGCCCUGGGACGCCGGCGACGAGACGAACCGGGACCUGGGCGGGAGCCCGGCCCUCGCCGCGCGCGUCGCCGCGCUCCGCCGCGACCCCGCGGCGCUCGAGGCCGCGGCCGCGGCCGCGGCCGCGUUCGCGGCGCGGCGCGAGUGCCUCUGCCACGGCGACCUCCACGCGGGCUCCGUGAUGACCGACGGCGCGGACCGCUGCGUCGCCAUCGACGCCGAGUUCGCCUGCUACGGGCCCGCGGCCUUCGACGUCGGGCUGCUGCUGGCCGGCUACGUGUUCGCGUACUGCGCGUCCGACGCGGCCGCGCCGUCGCCCGGCGACGCCGCGGCGCGCCGCCGGGGCUGCAAGGCCUGCGUCGAGGCGCUCUGGGCCGCCUACGCCGCGGGCCGCGGCGACGCGGACCAGGCGUUCGCGGCGGCCGUGGCCUUCUCGUCCGCGGAGCUCUUCCGCCGCGCCGUCGGCGCCGCGUCCGUGCCGGACCUCGCCGACAUCGCCGACGCGGGCGACCGCGAGACCGCCGAGCUCCUCGCCGUCGAGAUCGCCGCCGCGAACCUCACCAUGCCGCCGGCCGACGCGGGCGCGCUCGUCCUCCGCCUCGACUCCGUCUACGACGCCGUCGCGCACGCGGGGCGCGUCGCCAAUUGA